GUCAACUUCAUACUUAACAACUAACAUCAUAUUCUCUCGACAAUUUUGCGACCAUCUUCUUAACUUUGAACACCAACCCAAACCAACCGAGAUCUAAUACACCAUGUCUAGCUCUCUUGAUCAGUUGAAAUCCACUGGCACCGUGGUUGUAUGCGACUCCGGUGAUUUUGCAACCAUCGGAAAAUACAAGCCUCAAGAUGCCACCACCAACCCCUCUCUCAUCCUCGCCGCCUCUAAGAAGCCCGAGUAUGCUAAGCUAAUCGACUCCGCCGUUGACUAUGCCAAGAGCCAGGGCGGCGACGUUGACACCCAAGUCGAUGCUGCUCUCGACAGGCUCCUUGUCGAAUUUGGCAAGGAGAUUCUAAACAUCAUUCCCGGCAAGGUCUCCACUGAGGUCGAUGCUCGUUUCUCUUUCGAUACCAAGGCUUCUGUCGACAAGGCCCUGCACAUCAUUGAUUUAUACAAGCAGCAGGGCAUCUCCAAGGACCGUAUUCUGAUCAAGAUCGCCUCUACCUGGGAAGGCAUCAAGGCCGCCGAGAUCCUACAACGCGAUCAUGGCAUCAACUGCAACCUGACCCUCAUGUUUUCUCUCGUUCAGGCUAUCGCUGCCGCCGAGGCCGGUGCUUUCCUCAUCUCUCCCUUCGUUGGCCGUAUCCUCGACUGGUACAAGGCUGCCACAAAGAAGGAGUACACUAAGGAGGAGGACCCUGGUGUCAAGUCUGUCCAGAGCAUCUUCAAUUACUACAAGAAGUUUGGCUACAAGACCAUUGUUAUGGGCGCCUCCUUCCGUAACGUUGGCGAGAUUACCGAGCUGGCCGGCUGUGAUUACCUUACCAUCUCUCCGAACCUUCUCGAGGACUUGCUGAACUCCAACGACAGUGUACCCAAGAAGCUUGACGCUGCUGGUGCUUCCUCCCUCGACAUCAGCAAAAAGUCAUACAUCAGCGACGAGGCACUAUUCCGAUUCGACUUCAAUGAAGAGCAAAUGGCCGUCGAGAAGCUGCGUGAGGGUAUCAGCAAGUUCGCUGCCGACGCUGUUACCUUGAAGGACAUCAUCAAGAAGAAGAUCUCUGCUUAAAUGUACUUAAUUAAAUACCUAGGUGCGCAAUUAUGGAGGGCAAUAUAGACCGUCAAUGAAGGAGUAAUGAAAAAAGUUUGCCAAUGACAAAAGAAGAAAUUUCUAUCCAUUUCUCAGGGCGGUCGUCAGGACAUGUUGAUAUCACUUAAAUUGAGACAAAGGCAUUACGAUAUAUCCGACACCAUCCCCCUAGGUCAUAUAUAUGGUCGCCAGUAUGUGCUCCGUAUCAAUAGACCCUUAGAUUUUUGAUUGGGAGUCGAACGUAAGUAUUCAACCUGGGACUCGGGACUUUGUUUAAUUCGGAUUUUUGGGGGGCUGAAGAUACUUACCUACCUACUUAGUAAUAUUAAGG